GAGAUAAUGGCAGAUCCUUCAGUGAUGGAUCACCUGGCACGACUGAAACUCAAACUGCUAGAAAAGAGACUAGAAAAUGAACAGGAGAACUUAGAGAAGAUGGAAUUGUCUCUCCCAGCUGCAAGGAACAGACCUCAGGACAUGCUCCAUGCCCUGAAAGAAAGGAAAGAUCUGCUGCAGGAGCUCAGGGAGCAGCACCUUCUGGAAGAGCUUUCACAGCCACCUGCACCAGAUGGGGGACACUGCCAUGACCACAGAGCUGCCCUGCCACAAAUCUACCAGAUCCCUUUUCCAGCUUCCCCAGUGGAGCCACCAAGGAUUAUCCAGCAGACAGUGCCAGCUCAGCCUGCCACCAUCAUCCAGCAGUUGCCUCAGCCCUCCCCUGUGAUCACACAGAUUCCCCCAGCCCAGCCCUCUGCAGCCCCCCGCUCUGGGAGCAUUAAGGAAGAUGUGGUGGAGAUGAUGCUGAUGCAGAAUGCUCAGAUGCACCAGAUCAUGAUGCAGAACAUGAUGCUGAAGGCUCUGCCACCAGCCCUGCUCACACAGCCUGGGGGAGCCGGCUGUGCCCCGCUCCAGCACCCGCGGCAGGAGCUGCAGCUCGCUGCUCCCCUGGCCGUGAAGGCAGAGAGGCCCAGAGCACCUGUGGUGCACCACCACCACCACUACCCUCCCACGGGGGUGCUCCCAGUGCCCCCCAGGAGCUUCCUGCCCACCUCCACAGAGCAGCCCUGGAGCAGCGGCUCUGCC